UAUAAAUGCCUACAUCACUCCCGUGAUAUCGUAAAUCCCCCAAAACAAGGAUAACUUUGCUACCUUUUGGGCAGAGUUCCAGAGACUCACUGUUGAACUGGAUUACUCAGAAGAGACCCUCAUUGAUGACCUCCGCCAUAAGGUUAAUAUGAAGAUGCAGACUGCUUUAAUAGCAGAGAUAAAUCCAAGCUCUCUUCAUGCCUUUGCACAAAAGUGCUUACUGAUUGAUCAGAAUAUCCAGCAACUUCAAAUCCAAGAUGCUCGCACUGUCCCUCGAGUUAUUCAGCAAGCCUUUAAGCCACAAGACUUUCACAGUAAGGCUAAGCAGCCUACUACAAACCCACCUGCUGGCUUUAGACCACCAAGACUAUAUCGUGCACCACAUCAGAACCCUGCAACUGAGAAGUUAAUGCAGGAAGGCCGCUGCUUCCAUUGCCAGCAAACUGGACACCGAGCUUAUGAAUGUCCUACCAAGAAUGCUCAAGUCCACGAAGUUAGCACUUAUGAUGCUCCACUUUGGGAAAAAGAAUAACCUUCAGACAAGAUGUCACUAAAGGUGUCAUGACAGCCAGAAUUGCAACUUCUUCCUCAAGCUUUGGAUUAGAUCCAGAUACUCCAUUCAUAGUUACUUGUAUGAUAGGAAAAUCAAAAAUCAAAGCACAAGC